AUGCUAUCCCAAGUACUGCGUUUCACAUUUCCGUCAGGAUCUACCAUAUCCUCAGCAGAGUUCUUGAAGUUGCGCCAAAGCAUUGCCGCAAGAGGUGCGACUGCUCAGUACUAUGGCUAUACCGCGCCUACAAGAGUCUUGAGCCUACCCAGAAAGCGCCACGAGGUAUGCUGGGUAGUUCAAUGGCCUGACGAUUUGCGUGAUCGCAGUGCCGUGGUGGAAGGGUUAGCUACGACUGGCAUUAAAGAUGCGACAUCCUUGCUAUUCGAAUUUGACGAUGCUCAGUUGGAGAAUCUCGCAAAGGCUCUUGAAGCUCCCGUUUGCGAAUUUGCGUGCAUACGGCUGAAAGAUGAUGCGCCGUUGGAAAAUGAAGCUCUACAAAAGUCAAUGCACAAAACAUAUGCCGACACUUACCAAAUCCAGGGGUUUACAGGCGGCUAUUGGGCAUAUGCAAUGAAUACAAAUGAGACUGCAGGAGUAUCUUGUUUGACCCCAGGUAAAAAGGCUGUUCCCAAGGCGCACCGAAGGCUUGGAGUUUACUACCUCGGGUGGGAGAGUAUUGAGCUCCAUGAGGACGGCACCCAGACUGAAGCAUUUUCAGAGGAAAUUAACCAACUGCAGCCAUACUUUGGCCCGGGGUCUGGGGCUUGGUAUGCUAUGCUUCGCAAACACAGGUAG